GCUCCUCCUCUGCUGAAAAGACACAUUUCCUGAUGUCAUUACUAAAUCAAAAUGCUGCUCGGCAAACAGAUGUUGUGAGAGGCCCAACAUGUGGAUUCAGUGACAUAAAUGAACAAGUUGGUCGUGAGAAAACAACUGUACAUUCCAUUUUUCAUUCAAUCGAUGAAACCACCUCUUACUCAGCACUCUUUAAAGUGGUGAGCGGUUACAGUGAGAAACUACUUUACAGAUGUCGCAAAAUCAUCAGACAUAAAAAAAAAAAAACAACGAAAGUUUCCAACACAUGUGUUUGGAAAUAUCAGUUAGCCGGCCUUUUUAAACAGCUGGUCAGCUCUGACUAUUAACUACUACUUUCUUUAUUAAUUAACCUAAACAUGAAAUCAUGCGCUGUCUGCUCAGCACACCCUGCAGAGUCAUGAUUACAUCCACCCCAAAAAGCUAAGCCCUAAAUGUUUACUUAUGUUUCCUAUUUGGCAGAGGCAGCCCAAAAGGCAAAUAAAUCACAUGCUGUGAGCUGGCCAGGCCUUUCGACUGUGAGAAACUGAGACUAAAAAGCAGAACAAGAGUUAAAGAGUAAAGGGUUUUCAGAUGUGAGUCCAGCCCAGCUUGGGUGUGCUCCCUUUUAUUUGGGAGAAUGGAGAGGACAAUCUUUGUUGCCUCCACCCCGUUAAAAAAGGGAAGAAAAUCCUAGGGAAACGUAUGUUGGAGAGGGGAAGAGCGGCUGCCAAGGCGCGGGGCCGUCAGACAGAUCUUCGGAGAACAUCUGGUAACUGCGGGUAACACUGUUUGGACAUCUGGUAACCGAAGGUUACACUGCGUCUCUUCCAUCCUGUCGGGUUUCCUGUUAUGCCUCGCUGUACACAGUCUAAGAAGUUUAGGUUUAUUAUACAUGGUCACCGGUUGGGGAAAUCGCACCUUUAUUCAUUUUUUUUCUGACAUGAAGGGAGCACUUGGUUUCAUUGGGGUAUUCCUCUCCUUCCUCUGCGAUGCCACUCAAGGAGACUCUACCUUGUCAUUUGCUUGUGGGAAUAAUUCUCAGAGUUGUCCGCACUACUGCAGCAUAUGUGAUGAUAUUUAUCGUGCGUCAACAAUGGAUUGCCUUUCCAUGCUGCUUGACUAUCUAUGUCUCCCCAACUUUAAUACCGCAAUGGAAUCGCUGAACAGCACUAACUGGUGCACUUGGGGCAAUGUGAGCGGUUUGUAUAGUAACCUAAGCCUUUGCACAGAGGAGAUAUCGGACUGUCUAGGGAUCCCAUGGCCCAACCCGCUGGUGGAACAGACCUUUGUGGACAUUCACUCCAGCUUUUUCAAGGAUUGUCCCUCAGAGGAGCUAAGCGACCCACCACCGGUCAUCGUCUUUGCCCUGGUGAUAACUCCCAUCUGCUUGAUCCCUGUCAUGGUUAGCCUCGUGGUGCUCAAGACCAAGAAUGGGGACGGCAGCUCCUGACAAUCCUGAAACUCGGCUCUUCUCAGAAUCAUCAAGAAUAUCACGUUUUCCCUUUCCCCAAACUGAGGGCUAUACAGCUUGUUCACGCAUACACCGCAGCUGCGCUUUCAUCCCACCAGUGACCUUGCAGAGUACUGAGAUAUCUAAGAUAUGAGCCACGGAGGAACCCCUUAGAGGAGAUGACACUAAUCAAGAGUGAAUGUCAUAAUCAGUGGCAUCACAAUGAUUGUGUCAAUAACAACCUCCCCGACGCUAACGGAGACAUACUGUGACAAAAUCUACGUUGAUUGACUGUGAGAUCUGAACAUGUAUCUAUUGAUCACAUCACAUUUUGCACACCCUAUUCAGAAAACAGAGCUUGAUUUUUACUGGAGAACCCAGUCUUCAGGGUUAUAUUGACAAAAGCUGUGGCGCUUGCAAAAGGAAAGUCAAAAUGUGUCUGUGUUGACUCUCCUCAUUGUGUUGGACAGUAGUCGUGUUGAUCAAAGAGAAGGUCGUUUGUUAUUAGUGAACCCCUGAACUCUCCUGAUGCAACUGAUUUUUUGCAGCCACUCAAACUUAACCCUGCUUUGAGCCACUAACUCGACAAUGUACAGCACGUAUGCAAAAGGCAAAUUUUCUUUAACAUCGGCCAUCCAGUUUGGACAGACGGACGGACAAUCGUCUGUGCAGCCUAUAAAGCGACAAACACUGAGCAACGACACGAAGAUAUAAGUGUUAUCUUUCGCCUGAAUCAUGAAAAUGUGGUUAUGUUCUGUUCAGCCUUGAAUGACGAUAAAGCCGCCUUCAAGUGCUUUGAGAUGUGGAUCAAAAUGUGUAUUUAUAUAACGUGUUGUAAUUAUGCCAUUGUGAGAACUUAGUGGACUUACUGUACCAUCUGAGAGAACACAUUCCGCCUGCUCUCACACCAUUUACUGUAUGUAUUUUGAUAUACUUUUUUACAUUUUAUACAAUUAAAUCUAUAUACUCAUCCCGACUGUCGGAGGAAUGAAAGCCAUCAAAGCUGGUUCUCAUUCAGUUUUAGCCAAUCAUACCAUGAAAGAAGCACCAUUGUAUUCAGUUCAGCUCAUGUUCGUCACUACAACAUAUUGACAGUGUUGCAGCUUCGUUCUGGCUAAAGUGCCCUUUAACCUUUGUCAGUAUUUGAUUAAACACCACUUUCCCUGGAGUGCAGUCCAGAUGGCAUUGCUUUGUGCCUCAGGUAGUGUUACACUGUAUCUUCAGCAAGCAGUACACUGUGGUGCAGUUGUUAUGCUGCACAAGUGCUGGUGUAGUGAAGGAAGCAGUGACAGCAGUCAUGUAUCACACCCUCAUCUGGCACAUACAACACUGCAGGGUGGGUCUGUGUGUGUGUGUGUGUGUGUGUGUGCGUCUGGCAGGGCUGGGUGGGAAAGUGUGUUCGGUGACCUUCUUCCUCUCUAGAUGUCGGGUCAUCCUCCCCCCCCCUGAUCUCAUCCAAUGCUGUGUUGCUCCUUACUGUUACAGCGGGCCAGAAACCAUUUCUGAUGCCUUUAUGCAAGAUAUGAUUGUGAAAACAAUAUCCAUCAUAUUCUAUUAGAAACAUUACAUCAAAUGUUUCGACAAA